AGUCUCUCUUUUUUGUCACCUUUCGGCCGCCUCACGCCGUCUUUCGUCCAACGCCCUAUCCUUUCACCCUUCCCCCUCCCCACUUCUACCUUCGCUUUUCUCACCACAGUCACUCCCUUGGAAUAAACAUUCAUCUCUACGUUUUCACGGAAUCCGUUCAUUCUUUCCGGGUUCCAUUUUGCCUCUAUUUCACUCUGACCCUCCUGUUCUGACGCAACCCCGGCGGACGGGCUUCCCCUAUCCGACUCGGCGACCGACAGCAACCUCCUGUUCCGAUCUCUGGUCCAGGACGACACUCCUUUGCAACGCUCAAUUUCCCAUUGUUCUUUUGAUCGUCCACUCCUUCCAACGCCUUAGAAUCCGUGGAACCUUGGAUUCUUCGACUUUCCGCCAUCGGCUUCCGCAGUUAUCAGCUCACCAAUUCGACACACCGCCCAUUAGUAGCCGCCACUUGAAGGAUCGGUUUUGAGGGAGGGAAAGGAAAACAUUCAUUUUUAUCGAAACCCAUCUCUUCGACGAAGACGACGGCGCGGCACGAAAUGGCGACCGACGUGAUCCAACAAGAGGUCAAACAGGAAUUCAAGGAGAAUUCCGGGGACGAGGUUAAGCAAGAGGAGGGAGUCGCUCUGUCGGUGUCGGCUGCGUCGGCCUCACCGUCUUCCAGCAAGUCACCUCUCCCUACGCCCAAGUCUGCCAGCCCGAACAAGGCGACCAAGUCCCCUGCCAAUGGAUCCAAGGCCCAGGGCUCGGGGUCACGGCGGCCGGCGCGCAAGAGCACCCUCACUCAGCAACAGAAGAACCAGAAGAGACAGCGGGCGACGCAGGAUCAGUUGGCCACGCUCGAAAUGGAAUUCAAUAAGAACCCGACGCCCACGGCAACUGUCCGUGAGAGGAUAGCUGAGGAGAUUAACAUGACCGAGAGGUCUGUCCAGAUCUGGUUCCAGAACCGACGCGCCAAGAUUAAGAUGCUGGCGAAGAAGAGCCUGGAAAGCGGCGAGGACAUGGACUCCAUCCCGGAGUCGAUGCGCCAGUAUCUUGCGAUGCAGGCCAUGGAGUCGGGCAAGAGCAUCCCCGGCUUUCUCGGUCGCACCGGCCUUAUGCCAUAUGGACACCAGGGGAUGAUGGGCGGUGAGCAGUCCGGCCCUGGCAAAGUCUUGAUCCACCAUCUCAACUGCCGGUCCCUCACCAUCGGCAGGUGGAUGCGGGUUGGCCAGAACGCCAUGGACCUGAUCAUCUUCUACUCUCCCGACAAGUGCACGAUGACGUAUUACAUCAACAACGACCAGGCCGGGUACAAGAUCGAGUACCCGUUUUCGUACAUCAAGAACAUCUACCUCAACAACGCCGAAGGCGGAGAUCAACUCGGCGGCAUCACGAUUGAGCUUUUGCACCCGCCCCUGUUCUACAUGGACUCGUCGACCACCGCAACCUUCAUCCAGGUCAACGAUUUCACCGAAGACAUGCAGGCGUCGCGGGUGCUGACGCACCACCUCGGUGGAAAUCCGAAGGUGCUGAGCGGGCAGCUGGCGAAGCUGGUCAGCUUGGAGGUUUUCAUGCACCGCCACAGUGCCCCGGCUCCCGUGUAUGACCAGCUUCACCCGCUGUCGAUGUCCGCCCCCGUCUCCCCCGCCGCGCGGCCGUCGUCGCAGCCGAACUUCGCCCAGCCGCACGCCGGCAUGUUCCAAGAGUCGCAGUGGGGUAUCCCCGCCCAUCAGACCAUGAUGAUGCGGGGGCCGGGUCACAAGAGACAGCGCAGCCGCAGUGUGCCGGGCCCGAUCGACUUCCAGACGAUGCAGCUCCUGCAACAUCCGCCGAGUUUCCACAUCACCCAGCCCGAGCAUCAGCCGCCGGCUCACAACCCGCCCAUCUUUAGCCCGAUCCCUCAGCAACCAAACAUGUUGGGGCCUGUUGGACCCAACCUACGGAUUGACACGCGGGCUGGCUUCGGGGCCGUGGAUAUGCGACCGUAUCCGCUCUCCGCGACAACGGCGCCCUCGCCGUCGGACUAUUCGAGCCCCAACUUCUUCGCCACUCAGCCUCCAGAGAACGGCGGGCUUCCUGCGCCUAGCUUCACCCCGUACAGCGGCACGUUUUCGCCGCUGGUCAACCCUGCGAAUCUAGGCGUGCCUGCUCCGCCGAUCUCGCCGCUCUCGUUCAACCACCCAGACCCGGCGAUUGUGGGAGAGUCUCCGCCCAUGUCGAUGCCUCCGAUUUGCGAGGGGUCGGCCAUCUCAGACGACGGCGCCAGCCUGAACGACAUGUACCAGACCGGGAAGCCGACCAUCACGCUCCCGCUUCACCCACACUCGCCGUUUGUGGAGCCCAAUCAGGCGGACAUGGAGCUCAACCAGUUCAUGGACCUCAAACGCUUCGAUGCCGAGCAGGCUUCGCUGUCGCCCGAGAGCGUCCAAGCCCAGUGAGCCCCCCGGGGAUGACGCCUCGCUUCUCCUUUUUGCUGCGCAUCUCCGGGGUCAGGCGGUGCUUCAGCGCUGCUCUCGGCAAAUACAACAUAGAUGGUCCAUGAUGUGCGAUAUACCCGUCGAGAGAGUGGUCUUUCACUGGCUCGACUUUCCUUUCUGGCGUUCAGAGGUUUUAGUCGUUGUAUAUACCAGGGAGCUUCUUGUCGCGGGCCUGUCGGUUUUCCCCUGGAACGGACAGACCGGGUGUACGACAUAAACCCAGCCGUUCUGGACUCUCCGAAAUCUAUCAACGGACACACAAAUCCCUCGCAACUUUCCACCCUGUUGUCCCAUUUCAUCGAUCAGUCACGAAAUUGUAUGACGAUAUCCCAGCCAUUUGUGCCUCCGUCUGGCACAAUGGCAUCGGAUUUUUCUCAUUCUUGGUCUUGCGUCACACCUUGCUCUGCUCGCGUUUUGCGUUGCUGCUUUUCCUCCUCUCAUCCUUGCAUGCGGAUUCGUUUUCGCUUGUUGCUCUCCCGAGGACACUUGCUACGUCGUCCGCCGGGAAAAAGCCCUUUUUAAUACCUAUUCCCUAGUUCGUGGACUGGUCUGGUCGGGGACGAAACGGCGUGUCAGAAGACGGAGCCGAUGGCCGUGUGCUGCGCAGGGAAGGAAGAAUGGUGAAGGCCCAGGAGGCUUGUUUUCCCUUUUCUCUCUUGGUAAUGCGGUUCUAGCUAUCUUUUGGGUGGGGGUUGGGAGCAUCAUUUGCGCUGCGAAACACUAGGAACGGUUGGGUUGGUGGAUUUUGGGAGUUGAUAUCUGGCUUUUUGCAAAUUGAGGAGCAAUGAACAUCAAAAGAGUGACACGGUGGCCCAACUCUGUACAGGGUGAGGUGGUGGAUCGUGGUGCAGACAGUCGACUCGAACUGGGUGCGCUGGGGUAGGUCCAGGUUUAUUCCUGUAUCUUUCCUCGCCCAUCCAAUGGUGGUAGUGCUGCGGUUUGAGCGGUAACUUGGGCGGCUCUCUGUUCGGUGAUGGAAGGGCUGUUCCAGCCAUUCUUGCGGCAUGCUCAGGUUGUUUGCCUACUCCGUAUCCCGUAUAAUGAGUGACAGCAGGACGUAAGUGAGCGAGCGUUUUCGCUG